GGCGGGGACCGGGGCGCUGGCGGAGCGAGCGCACCGCCGGGCACCCGGUAGCGCGCGGCCGAGUCGCGGAGGCGCCGCCGCUGCAGUCGCUGCGUGUCGAGGAACAUGGCUGACAGCAAGGCUAAGCCCACCAAGGCUGCCAACAAGACACCCCCAAAGUCCCCAGGGGACCCCGCGAAGGACAAGGCAGCUAAGAGGCUGUCUCUGGAGUCGGAAGGUGCCUCUGAGGGGGCGGCCGCGGCCUCCGAGCUCAGCGCCCUGGAGGAGGCCUUCCGGCGAUUUGCGGUGCACGGGGACACCAGGGCCACAGGCAAGGAACUGCACGGUAAGAACUGGUCAAAGCUGUGCAAGGACUGCCAGGUGAUCGACGGGAAGAAUGUGACUGUCACCGACGUGGACAUUGUCUUCAGCAAAAUCAAAGGGAAGGGCUGCCGGACCAUCACGUUCGACCAGUUCAAGGAGGCGCUGGAGGAGCUCUCCAAGAAGAGGUUCAAGGACAAGAGCAGCGAGGAGGCCGUGCAAGAGGUGCACAGGCUCAUCGAGGGCAAGGCCCCCAUCAUCUCAGGGGUGACGAAAGCCAUCUCGUCACCCACCGUGUCACGGCUCACGGACACGAGCAAGUUCACGGGCUCCCACAAGGAACGCUUCGACCCGACGGGCAGGGGCAAGGGCAAGGCCGGCCGCGUGGACCUCGUGGACGAGUCGGGCUACGUGCCGGGGUACAAGCACGCAGGCACCUACGACCAGAAGGUGCAGGGGGGCAAGUAGCCGUCCCCGGAAAGAGGGCCGUCCUCUGCCGCGAGCCCACUCGCCUCACACUUCGUUACAUUCCUGGACUCACUGGGGCAGAGCUUGGACGCCGGGGCAGGGUGGCUGUGGGUGACGCUCAAGCCUGCUCCCUGCCUGGGACCCCGGCGCGCUCCUCUCUGACCCCAGGUGUAGCCCCUGAACACAGAUCUUUCUCUAACACACCUGCCUCGUCCCGAGCAACAAAGUGUUUCCCAGGACCAGACCACACCGGCCACCUGGUUUGCAAGCAAAAGGGGACCCUGUUGGAGGGGACCUGCUGACCGCAGACCCUCCCUGGAGCCACCAGGCGGCACUAAUACACCAGCAGCCGUGACACGCACAAGGGCUCGGCAGGUGUGGGCCACACGGCGCACGCUCACACAUGCACUCAUUUCACUCACAUGCGCACGCUCACACUCGCAUGUCUCGCACACGUGCACACACGCACGCCCACGCCUGUGGACCAGGUCUGUGCUAAGUCGCUCAUGUAGCUGAAGGCUGGUGUGCAAAGGAAGGUGAGGCAGCAGAGAACACCCCUCAGUGGACCAAAGGAAGGUGACCUGCUGUGUGAAGUGAGAAGUCAGAAACGGAGGACGACAGGUCAUUUCGGUUUUUUAAUGAGAAAUAAGAAGAAAACGUAACUGUUUAUCCUCAGAAUGGGUAUGGGAAGGUUCCGAACACCCUGCUUCUAUGACUCUCUCCAGGUCACAAGGCCCUGUUGGCUCUGAAACUUCCUCGCCGACAGGCAUGUGACAGGUGUCUUCUGCCUGUGCCCACUCUGGACUCCAGGUCUCGAGGCUGCAGAUGGAUGUGGCUGUCCCCUCGUCACUCACAGCGCAGCACAAGUCCCCAGGAUCAAGCCUCUUGGGGCUGUCCCAACCCGAGCGAGAAAACUGCACAACAAAGCCAAGCCAGGGUGGGGCUUGGUGGCACUGUCACCUUGGUCUCAAGGGGACAAUUUGCAAAAACGCAGCCACAACCUGGUGUGUGACCAGUGGGGCCCCUUAUCCCAGAGCUGGUCCUGGCAGGAGCCCACGGCAGUCUCGGAGAGCCGCCCCACUGUGUGCUCUGCACCCCUUCCUAGACACAUGGCCAAAUAGGGACCAGCACUGCCGUGGUGCACACGCGCCUUCCUGAGGACAUGGCCCCUCUGAAGCGACUGUGUCUCCCCCACCCCCAGGCCUCAACUGGAAGGCGAUGGCCUGUGGUGGUGGCCUCUGCAGGCAGCUCUGUUUGAGGUGCUGGGAGCUCCCAGCGUGUGGCACUGGGACGGGAAAUGGUGGAGCGCAGGUUUCGUGUCACUUUUAGGGCACAAUCUCACUACUGCCUCGAAAGUUUCUAACUUGGGGGUCCUAAGCGGCCUGGCCGGGCCCCACUCCAUGGCGGGGAAACUGAGGACGGAGGUCUGAGGAAAGGCAGGCUGGAGGCCAGGCGCCCGCUGUGCCCUCCUCCGCCCCAGGCUGGACCUUGUGUGAAGCCCAUGGGAAACGCGUCUGAAGACAACUGAACACGCCACGUGUUUCCUGACAGACCACAGCCGUGUUCCAGGACCAGUGACGCUUUCAUCAGUGGUCACAGAACAAGGCUGCUCCCCGGGGCCCAGAGGCACCGCCAGGGUUCUGGGUCUCCUGGUCUGAGGCUGCGUUUCUCCUGCCCGUGAACAGUCUGGUCCCCACUGCCACAGCCACGUCACUGUAGCAAGACACUGGAAUCCAGGACCUUGGUCACUAUAGCGUGCACGCCAGCGAGGACAGCACAGGGUCCCCACGCCACAGCCCGUGGAGGGAUGGAUGUCACCUGGGCCUCCAUGGCUGCAGGCCCUUCUCAGCCCUUCCUUGCCCCCAGGACACUGGACAGGGUGCCGGACACCAUGACGCGGUCCCCUAUCCGAGAGUGUUGUCUUCAGGCAAGAAUAGCCUCCACAUGAGAGGUCCAACCCUGGUGGGGGGCUGGCUGCCAGGAGCACACUGGGAAAGUGGGGUCUAAGCAAAAGAAACAUCACGAGUGUCCGUCCUGGCGGCAGUGCCCACCCUAGAGCCGGAGCCAUCUUCCUAUGAGGCGGUCCCGGCCUGCGGAGCGCUAACACCAUCCCCCAGGCUGGCGCAGGUGACCUGCUCGACAAGAAAGGACCGGUCACUCCGCUGACCCUUACAACAGUGCUUCCUUCCCUCUAGGUGUCACGAAUGAGGGUCAAGUGCACACAGCUGCUCUCCCUGGUGGCCUCGUGGUCCCAGCCCAGCACGCGGGCUCCUUGACAGAGAACUGCACACACCGGGCCCGGGGACCUGGCCCACAGCACCAAGGAGCGACUGCAGUCUCCUGCGUCCCCUGCCCGUCCCAGGCUUCGCCAGCCACAUGCACGCCAGGACACAGCCUUCUCUGUUCAGUGUGGCUCUGCAAAUCCACACCCCACCCCCCAUCUGGAAAGGAGGAAGAGGGGGAAACUGCGUAAUGAGGAAUUACUGGUUACCAUUCUGUCCCUUUGACACCAUCUGGCGUUCUUCGCUGUGUCGUUUGGUCUCCAGCUCACUGCAUGAAACACGCACGUGUGGCCAUCAGGUUCUGGCUGCAGUGAAGCCCAGUGCGUGUGUUUGUGCUGCAUGCGCUUAUGCAUUCCAGUCAGCUGUGCCCAACUGUGCUCAGCACUGCAUGUCCCCUGUGAUUAGACAAUGCACAGCAGACACCCGUUGACAGGGCAUGUCCUGAGGGAGGACCCCCGGGAGACAGGGCAGGGCCUGAGGGAGGACCCCCGGGAGACAGGGCAGGGCCUGAAGGGAGGACCCCGGGAGACGGGGCAGGGCCUGAGGGGAGGCCCCCGGGGAGACAGGCAGGGCCUGAGGGAGGACCCCUGGGAGACGGGGCAGGGCCUGAAGGGAGGACCCCGGGAGACGGGGCAGGGCCUGAGGGGAGGCCCCCAGGGAGACGGGCAGGGCCUGAGGGGAGGACCCCGGGAGACGGGGCAGGGCCUGAGGUUGGACCCCCGGGAGACAGGGCAGGGCCUGAGGGGAGGACCCUGGGAGACGGGGCAGGGCCUGAGGGAGGACCCCUGGGAGACGGGGCAGGGCCUGAGGUUGGACCCCCGGAAGACGGGGCAGGGCCUGAAGAGAGGACCCCGGGAGAUGGGGCAGGGCCUGAGGGAGGACCCCCGGGAGACGGGCAGGGCCUGAGGGGAGGCCCCCCGGGAGAUGGGCAGGGCCUAGGGAGGACCUUCAUGUGACAGGGCAGGGCCUGAGGGGAGGACAGUGUUGACGGUGUCUGAACGUCAGGAGAGAACAGUAGAAGGAGCGUGUUUGCGAGCACCGAACAUACCAGAAUGCUAUUUCUUUCCAUUACUGCCAGAGGACAGGCCAUUAGGCAAUGUUCAGUAACAGAGUUAGCUUUACCAAAACUGCAGGUCAAACUGUGUAAGUUUAAAAUACUAUAUAUUUAUACUGGAGUAUUUUUACACUGUUAAUACCCUUGGGCUUAGUUUUGAGACAUGAGAGUUUUAGCAGGUGCUCCUCUGUUGGGCAGACGCCUGCCCACGGAGCGCUUCCCCGGGUCAUUCCCGUCUGUCUUGCUUGCCUGCACCCCAGGGCUGAGCUCCAGGCAGGCCACUGGCCCGUCCCACCCACCCGCGGAGUUACCAGAACCAGGCUGCGGCAGAGGCUCACAGCCCCAACCCUGGCCCGGCACAGCCGCCUGUUCUGUGAACAGCUUUAAUGACAGAGGCCACCCCCGUGUCUCAGGCGCUGUCUGUGGCUGCUUCUGCAGUGACACUGGCGGGGGUGGGGGGACGGGGCUGACCGAUGCCAUGCCCCAUGAAACCUAAAAUAGCUGCCCUUUGGCCCUUCACUGGGGGGCCUUCGAAGACCCAGUCUGGGCAUUUAUUUAGACACAAGCUGACUCCCGCACCCCAUCCUGCAGCACACGCCACACGAGGGCACCUUGUUGUCACCUGUCCGAUACAGCAGAGGCUGACAAUUUAGCUGUACUGUGACAUUAUCAAUAGGCUAGAAUGUCCUUAAAACACUGACCCUCAAUGGCUUCCCCCCACUGACUCACUACUGAACACUUUGUGAAAACUGGUGGCCUUGGUCUGUGGGCGCGUGGACAGAGUGGCCCAUCUUGGGGAUGCUUCAGUUAACCCUCUCUCCCUAUAGACUCUUGAAAAACCAAACCAAGCCAAACAACAAAGGAAACGCACAACUGAGAGAAACUUGAAAGGGGUGAUACGCUACGUGUUUGCACUACCUGAUUUCAGGAAAGGGAAACAGAUUCACAUCUACAUGCACUGUAUUUGUCCAGUGUUCUGUUAUGUGAGGGAGUAGCGAGUCUAUCACUUCAUCAGGGUGAUGGCUAGUCACGUCGAUGUCAUGGGUGUCCUGACUCAGAAAGUCUAAACCACACUCCCGGGAAUGCCCGUGGGCUGGGGUGGCCCUGCUGUCCCUCCCGCAGAGGGCGAGGGGCGGUGUCACCGCUGGGGUCGCUUUAAGGCCUGGCCUGGGACCUUUGGUGAAACAGCUCAUGUCUAUCUGCACAUUGCGCCUCCUUUGUCCACUGCUGUUAACAUUGUGUCAAAUGGUAAAGUGACAAUAAAGAUGUUAACUGUG